ACGCAGAGCUGACUGAACGCACGUCUACCUGCUACCUGUCGGAACACGGUAUGUUGGCGAAGCGUCACUUCCGGUUUGCUACCUGAGACGAUCACUUGCCUUCCGAAAGUACAAGUUCGAGCUGUCGACGAGUUUCGGGUAGGAUGUGGAUUUGGAUCGUGACGCUUGCGCUGGGGCUGCGGGGUGUGUUGUGCAUGCAGAUUCGCAUGGAAAAUGCUGCUUAUGGAGUGGUUGGAGGCUCCGUGAAACUCUGGUGUAGCUUCUCCUCACUCUAUCCCAUCUCUGAACAUGUCUCGGUGGACUGGAGCUACCGCGUUCCAGAUGGGGGUCCGACUGUAACUCUCUUACACUACCAGUCCGAAGCAUACCCUAUUUUGGAUGGACCCUUCAAAGAUCGUGUACAGUGGGAAGGAAAUGUGAAAUCUGGUGAUGCCUCUAUCUCACUGAGUGACCUGAGACUGACAGAUAAUGGCACUUUGUACUGCACAGUGCGAAAUCCACCAGAUGUCCAUGGAAAUGUUCCACAGACCAAGCUAACUGUCACCUUGGAGAGCAUUCACUUCAAAUUCAGCACAGCUAUCCUGCUUUCAGCUUUGGUGUUCAUCCCUUCAGCUCUGGUCUCAUUGGUGCUGCUCAUUAGGAUGAACAAAGCAAUUAAGAGGAGGAGAUCUAGGACUCAGAAAUGGAGGAAAUCGCCUAUUGAAGAAUGCCGAGAUUGCAGAUGUGGGGAUAACGCGGCAAUCCAGGAUCAUCAAUCAACCCCUGGCUGCUUAGCGCGCUGUUAUCAAUGUGGGGAAUAUGAUGAUGAUUGAAACAAAUCUUCUGUGCCGUUGAGAUGUCUUUGAAGAUCUUAUAAAUUUAAAGGACUGCUCAUGAAGAGGACACCAAGAAGGAAAAAAAAACAUGGAAGUCAGAAGCAAUG